GUUUCACCAAAAUAAGCAUCAAUCUAUUAUGCGGGCGGCCAUAAGAUUGUCGGCUCUGGGCAAGUUGUUUGUGAUAAUUCCCUUUUCGUGAGGUUUUCGUCGACAAAAUGGGAUUCGAAACUUGUGGCCCCAACGAGGUGAUGGUAGUUUCAGGUAACAUUGCCUAUAUUUAUAUAUAUUCAAAUGUUAUUAGGCCAAAUACUUAAAUAAUUUAAAUAUAGGUCACACGUCACUACAGCUCUCCAGGUCCUACCGCCCCAAAACUAAUUAAGGCUAAAGUUAAAGGCAAAGGCAAUACUAAUACUAACUGCCCCUAAAGUCAAAUAUACAAAUUUAGUUAGGCUGUUACUAAAUCCGCUUAUAGUAAUGAUCAUUUUAAAAUGAUUCCAGGCGUGUUAAAAGUGCAAAAAAUAAUAUCAUGCCCUGGCCUAUUUCCUUAAUUAUAAUUUAUCCUGCUAGGUUUGUGUACAGUGUACAGUACAGUGACUUGGCCCAACUAUCAACAGUGAACACAGUAAUAACUGUUAUAAAAAAAGUGUAAAAAUUAGUGUUACAGAAAUUUUAGGAAGGGCGAUCAUUAGUGAUUUUAGCCACUUUUAAGUAGCCUACUAAGUACUAUCCUUAGGCCGGUAACUUAGGCACUUUAUUUAUAUUAUAUUGUUUGCUAAAAGGACACUAAUCACUAUGGUCUAAAACUGAAUUGCAUUUAAAUUUAAAAGUAAGUGAAGUCUAAUUAAAAAUUCUAAAUCUAAUGCAGCCUACACUCUGUAACUUAAGAGAUUUAAUUAAUUUAAUAAGUAAGUUUAUAAUUAAUUAAUAAGUUAUUUGGACAAUGUACGCUUGGUAUUUCAUUCCCAACAUUCUGAUGAGUGACCACCCCUUUAAGUUUAGUCACUAGAGUAACUAUUCUCUUUUUUCAUGACUUGAAAAAUUAUUUUAAGGUUUUUAUUCAAAUUUAAGAUUUUCUUAGUAGUGUGUUAGUGUUACUUUAGCACAUGAACCCAUGGUUUUAAUUUUAGGGUUCAUGUUAGGCAGGUUGUAGAUUUUAGGUUUGAAGAUUUAUGCUCAAAUUAGGGGUGACAAGUUUAGGGAUAAAUUUACGCAGGGAGGGGGGUGCUAAAUUUAGGGAUGAAUUUAUAUGAGUUGGGGAUACUGAUUAAGCAUUCAGGUUAAAUUUUAGUUUUUUUGUGAAGGAAAAAAAAAAGCCAUUGAAUUUGCAUGAUUUUUUAAAUUUAAUUUUUAAUGUUUUUCCUUUAAAAUGUCUUUAAUGUAUUGAUUUUUAAGCCAGCAUGUUUUUUUGCCUAUGUUUUUUCAUUGCCAUGAUACGCCGGGGUCAUGGCAACAAAGAUGGCGGCAGUGUGAAAAAAAUAGUGCAAAAAAAGGUACAGCCAGGGUAAACGUUAAGUGUACGAAUAACAGUUAUUUUCCUAUAUUUUUAUGAACAAGUCGCUUAAAGUAAAGUUAAAUUGACGUACAGUUUAUCUAGGCUUUCUUAAUUUUUUACUUUCGAAUCUUUCAAUUCAUCCAUCAUAUGUUGCUCUACAACCCAUUCAUGGUUUAGGCCUGCUUCACCACUACCUUCCACUCAGACCUUUUUUUUUCUGUUCUAUUUUCUAUGCUUGGAGUUUGGAUCUUAAAUUACUGUAGAUUUGUUUUGCCAUUUUCUACCCAUUUAAGCUCUGGAAUUUUGGGAUGCGUCAUAUCACAGCAGCCUUUGUCAUUGGACAUAUUCAUAUUUCUUGAUAUCUUAUCCAGAGUAGUUUGCCCUUUUCAAUUUCUAUUACAAUUGCAGCUUCCUUUAAUAGUUCAUACAACUCCUGGUUCAUUCUUAUUCUCCAUCCAUUUUCAUCCUAUGUUUUUCUGAGUGGCCUUUUUCUCUCCUAUGUAUUUAGGUGACUUCUUCUGUUUUUAUUAAGAGCCACUGGCCUACAUUUCUCAUUAUCUUUCAACUGCUUUACUAAAUUUAUUUCUCCCCCCCUCUCGUUUUUGUUGUUGUUUUUUUUAAAUUGUUUGCUCAUUCAACUCAAGCAAAGUGUAGCAUUAUUAUUUUAAAAAGUAUGCUCAAAAGUUAUUUACUGCUAUACCAAUUUUCCCACUCUAGGUUUGUAUCUCAUGUCAGGUUAUUGUCAAAGCUAACAAUAAAAGUUGAAAGGAUUAGAUUUUGCUAUAAAGUGAACUGAAGUGUUACAUUAUUUGUUACCUUUAACAGGAUGUUGUCACCAACGGUCAGUGUUUAUUCCUGGCGGUCGAGUCUUUGUUUGGCCUGGAAUACAGAAGUUACAAAGGUAGGCCUCCAAUGUUAAAGGCAGUAGGCCAGUAGGGGAAAAUAGCACUUCAGCUCCAUAGUUGAUUUAAAUAUAUAUUUUUUAACAUAUUUAAACCAAAAUUAUUUCUUAUUGAAAUGCAUAGGUUUCACACUUGUUCUCAUUUUAAAUUGCAUUAGUUUAGGCAUACUAAGCCACUUAUUAUUAAGAUAAAUUUACUCUGACAGUAAAAAAAAAAAUUGUACAUUAUCAAAUCAAUUUUUCUUUUCUUUUGCUUCAUUCAUACCGUGCUUUUUUAUCAUAAUUAGUAGCUUUAACAAAUUGGUGGUAGUCUUAAUAAUGAAAUUUAAACCACAAAGCAGUAGGCAACAUUUUAUACUUUCUUUUUAAAUAAUUUUUCUACAUUUCUAAUUCGAUAAGAUGAUUUCAGAAUGUUACUGUAGCAAAAAGUAAACCAUUGUUGUGCAACCUGUGGAUGUUACCUCCAAAAAGAUUACAUGGGUAUUAAUGUUUACAUGGUUGCAUUAUGAAAUACUGCCUUUGUGAGGUUGCUUGUCACUAUAGGAAAUAAUUCCAACAAUACUUAAUUAAUAAAAAUAAUCCCCAGUUAACCUUUUGAGUUCUCCUCAUCUUUUUUUAUUCAGAAGAUAUUUAACGGUCUUGUUGUAUUUUGAAAAUUCAGUCCGUCUUCAUUUAACGCCAAUAACCCAAUAUAAGUAGAGUGGUAUUAAACCAACCACUGACAUUACCGUGAAGUAAAUUAUUGUCAUCCCGAAACUUAACAUUUUCACUAUUUUGUUUUUUUUAAUUUUUGAAUUAAUAACUUAUGUUAUGGGAAAAUAAAACAAAAAAUUACAUGACAUUAUUGCACAGUUGUGCAAUAAACAGGGGUCCUAAGAGUAUAGUCACACUACUCACAAUAAAUCAACUACAAAAUUUAUGCUCACAGGUGUAGAACAAAAUGUCUGGUUUUAUACUGAGUAAAUUAAGUGGCAAAGACUGAUCAUUUGUCAACCAAAAGAGCCUUUGGUGCUUGAAAUCAAAGACAUAGUCUAGUCUGUUUGUAAAGGUUUCAUUUUUUUUUUAAACACUGUUUAAAGUUUUUUUUUUUUUUUUUUUUUUUUUUUUUUUUUUUUUUUUUUUUUAAUUGUUUUUUUUUUUUUUUUUUUUUUUUUUUAUUUUUUUUUUUUUUUUUUUUUUUUUUUUUUGUUUUGUUUUUUUUUGGAAAGAGGGGGUAGUCUAAGCAACUGCUGUUCAUUGUUUCAUUACUCAUUUAAAAAAUGAUAGUUAAGAACGAUAGUUUUAUGGGAUAAAGGAAAAUAAAAUAACUUUAGAUGAUUUUUUAAACUUUAAACAAAUGUUUUUUCAUUAUGUAUAUUUUAAUCCUGCAUAAACUUUAAAGACUUAAAUCUAACAUGGUGGAGCUGACACUUUCUUUAUCCUAGUGUGGGACAUUGUUUCUUUUUUGUGGGGGAGUUGACAUUGUGUUUGUUCUUAUAGAUGAUCUGACAGUCUGUACAAAUAUUUUCUCUACCAUGCUGUGUGUUCAGACAGUGCAGUUUACUGUCUUCAUCACUUUACAAACAGCAGAUAUUGGUCUGAGAAACAUUUUUCUUUUCAAAAAUACAUCAUGGUUUUCUCGGCUAUGUCUGUAACUGAUAUCUGUAGAGUAAAGAGCAAUUUUGUAAAUUAUUGUAAAUUACUAUUAGAAGGCCUCAUUCCCUUGCUCCUGUGAGUUUUCCCAUCCCAAGAGUGACCUGUUCUGGAGGCCGGCCUUUUAAUUUAAUUCCUUAAAUCAUUUUCGGCCUUCCUCUCUUGUUCUCAUGUCAUGCUAAUUCUUUGGAAAGAAUGAGUUUGAACACAAUGACGUUGACAAUUGAAAGCCCUCAGGUGUACACCAAGCAGGGAGUCUCAAUCUCUGUAACAGGUAUUGCCCAAGUAAGUUGCCUCCUUAAUCCUCCCACGACAUGUGAUGAAUUGUGAUGAUAAUGGUGGCAGCAGCAGCCCUUGCUUGAGUUUUGUAUUAUUUAGCAUACUGUGUAUUAAUGUGCAGUUAAUUGAUGUCUCCAGUGGAAUGCUGAUAACUUUAACACAAUAUUUUACAUGUUAAGCUCACCAAAUUAUAAUGCCAUUAGUUAAAUUAUUCAGAUUUAAUUUGACAGUCAUUGGACAAUGAAAUUUGUGAUAAUACAUUGUUGGAGCAUUACAGUUAUACUGAGCAGAAUAUUCGGAUUAAGAUAAAUUUUUCCAUAAAUUGUAUAAAAGCAUCAGCUUGUUUAAAUGUAUAUCUCCAAAUUAAAAGAUAUUAAAUGAACAGACACAAGCUUCUGUGAAAUAUAUACAUGCCUAAAUGUCUGAAAAGUUAUCCAUAUUCCACUGCAUCUGUCUUUAUAAAAUAUUUGAAAGGCUUUUCAGUUCAGUCUUUUUUAUUUCAUUUUUCAGUUGGUUCAAAUGUCUAGAUGUAGAGCUGUGUGUGCUAUUCAUGAUCUGGGUUAUGGAAGAGUCAAAGCACCAUUAACAAACAAAAAAACCAACCUCUUUUGUUGAAUUUUAUGUCUUUUUUUGGUUGCAAUGUUUAAUUAUGUCCCUAAUGUCAACUUUAAAACAACAGGCAAAAUUGUGUAUUUACCUUCUAUGAUAAGUGAAGGUGAUCAAGAAUUAAAGGGAAUAAUGUUUCUGUAAAGUGUUCGCCAUAAAAUCUCCGAAUCUAUGGUCAUAUUUAAAUUUCUAAUUGAUAAUUAUUUGACUUAUUUAAAUUUCAGAAAUCAACUUUUUAACUAUUAAGGAUUUGUCUCAUUUUAAAAGAUUUCAUUUUAAGUUGUUUUUUUUUUUUGUUUUUUUUCAAAGUAAUUUAUUUUUACCAAAGCAAGUUACUGUUAUUUUUUAAAAUGAUAAAUAUUGAUACUCCUUAUUUUUUUAAAAAUCUUUCUUUCACAGUUUAUUUGACAUAAAAAGGGAUAUUAAAGCACUUAUCAUGUUUAGUUUUGAAUCAUAAGAUCACAGCCAUUUGUCUAUGAUUUAGUUCAGGUACAGCAGAGUCUCGAUUAUGUAGUCCAAAUUGGAUCAUAAUAUGGUAAAAUAAUUUAUAAAUGAUGGAUAAUCCAGAACAGUGGAUUAUAAUAAUAAUAAAUUUUAUUGAACCAUAUAAAACACAUUUAAUACUGAAAAAACAUUUUUUUUUUUUUUUAACGUUUUUUUUUACCUCUAUAAAACACAUAGCUGCAAAACAGAAAUAAAUAUUCAGGUUAUUUACCCAGCAUCAAAAUUUUAAUAAUCAUAAUGUUUAAUCAUAAACAAUGAUAUGAAGUAAACAAAUAUUUGUACAUAUAUCAAAAAUAGCUACAGAACAGUGUUUCAGAGUAUACUCUAUAAAAAUAGAAUAAAAUUAAAAGCUAUAAAUGUAGAAAUUUAUUGGGGUUUUUUAUAUUGCAUUUAAGACUUUGCAGGAUAUUUAGAAAUGUUAAAUGAUUGAUGGUUGGAUAAUCGGGACUCUUCUGUAAAUAUUUAUGUAUUUUGUUGUAGUGUGCUGUGCAUAGUUUUGGUUGGUGUUUUUUUUUUUUUUUUCACUUCCCGCCAUCUUUCAGACUCUCACUGAACACAAUGAUGCUCACCAUAGAGAGCCCUAAUGUUUACACACAGCUAGGAGUUGCCAUUUCAGUUACUGGGAUUGCCCAGGUAAGCUAACAUGCACAAACAUGCCAAGGUUUCUCAUAGUGUGUAGUAUUUUAUUAAUUAACUUAUUUAUCUAUCAUUUUGAUGGAAAUAUGUCUGGACUGAUCAGCUGUAACCAUACACACAUGAGACAUACAAGUUUAAAGUUAGUCACCACAUUAUAGCAGGAGUGAAAUGGCUCAAUGACUUAGCAUAUGUCCUGUAAGUGAAUUUAUUCCAAAUGUAGAUUAAAUAAUUACCGUUUGUCAAAUGCAUUAAUGCACAUGAAAAUUUAUGCAUGUUAUAAUUGUUUUGUCAAGCUGUUCAUGGGGCUGACAGUGUAGCUAUAGAUGAUAUUGAGCUAUAGGUUAAGCCAGUUGCACCUAAGAGAAUAGUUGAGAUUACACUAUCAAUAGAAUGCAAAGUCAGGCCCUAGUUCCUAAUUCUGGGACUGUUUAUAGGAACUGCAUUAAUGAAUAAAAUACAAUCAAGAGACAUUCAAAAUGUGUGGUGCAAAUGUUUUUAAAUAUUUUCUUGGAAUUGAUUUUUUAAAUGAUUGGCAUGAGACUGUUUCAUAAACUUGGUAAAUUUCUACUGUAUUUAAAGGUAUUCUGUUAACAACAUUCCUCCUAAAACAUUGUGAAUGGAUGAAGGCUUUGAGAAUCCUUGUUGUUAAGGGGAACUGUUUUUACCAUGAGUUGUGCGUUAGGAUUAUUAUUGUGGCUAAAUCGUGAUUGGAUGAGGGGAAGCGCAUAAUAAACAAGUGCGUCAGUAUAUGUAGUGUGCUCGAUCAAGGGAGAAAUAGAUGAUUUUGAAUUGAGUUUUUAGUUAUAGAGUCUUAGUAGUUGGUGUACAGCAGGCAAAUGGAAGUUGGUCCACAUUGAGUCUUUGUUGCCUCAGAUGGUGUUAGUCCCAGGGACAUGUUUUAUAUAAAAAGUGUUGCCGUCUAUUGUAUUUUGUGUGCGUGACUCUUAGCGUAGAGUCAUCAUCGCCUGUCAUCCCGUCUGGGGCAUAGGCCACAAACAAAGGCGCUCCAGGCAUCUCGGUCUUGGGCCAGUCUCUCUAGAUGACCCCAGUUGUGCCCACUCUUUUUGUCGUGGUGGUCCUAGUGGAGAGGAUGGUUGUCUGCCAGUUGGCUUUUGCCAUUAAUUCUUUGAAAGGAGACCCGUCCUUUCUAAGGUCCAAGCUUCCUUUUGAAAUCUUUGUUUGUGUUUUUGUAGCAAGGUUUUUUUUACAGGGAAAGGUUGCUAGCCCUUCUCCCAACCCUUCCCCUUUCUCACCCGGGCUUGGGACCGGCUACGGUGAAGCAUGUGUCUUGGAGACACGUCUGACAUUGAUUGCUAUGAUCCUAUACGGCUUGAUCUGUCCAGAUUGGUUGACUCCUCUCUCUCUCAUUAUCUGAAUUGGUAAAUUUUAAUUGAAUGUAGAGAUGACAUAUUAAGAGGUGUUUGCUAUUUCAAAACAAACAGAUAAUUUACUCCAAGGGAACAAAAUACUGACAGUGUGAUCCUUGAUAACCAAAAUUAAGCAUUCUAGACACACAAAAAUUUAUAAGACCCCCAACUCACUUUACACCAGUGGUUCCAAACCUGUUAGUGCUAUGUAUGCACUUCUCAUGGGCUCCUUGGCCAAUACGAAGUAUAAGAAACUUUGAACAAUAAAAACACAGGUGUCUCAUGAGAAAAUAUAAUUUUGUCCUUUUAUGUAUAUCCCCCCCUGCCCCCCCAGCCCACCCCCACUCCUGAUCUCCACAAUCAGAUCCCGACCAGAUCAUUGAUGUUGUAUUGGGAUACCACACUCGAAAAGUUUAGGGCUCAUGCAGAGCGAAAACUCGGCUGCAAAUCUUAAGUCCAUUUUAAAACAUUUUAUAAUAUAUAAUACACAUUUUAUAACAUAUACAAUUUNCACAAAUUAGGCUAGGGGGCUUCUCCAAAAAAAUUGAUUCUGAAAAGGGUAUAUGAGUCAAAAAGUUUGGACCCACUCCUUUACAUGAUAGGCACAGUGGGGGGGGGGGCACACCCCUCCCAUCGUAAAGUAACAUCACCCUAACAAAAUAUCACACAGCCCCAUUCUGCUCAUAAAUCCAUGACUUGAAAUGCUUACUUUUAAAAAAAAAAUAUAACUAAGAAAGCCAAACAUUAAUAUAAACUCAUAUUUUUUUCCCAUUUAGCAUUGAAAAGCACUGUUGUUUUAUUGUUUAGCCAUCCCUUUAUUUAAUGCUUAGGCUCUCUAACAGUUCCUCUUUAUUUAGUGUGCUAGACAGAAACUAGCUGCUGCUAUCAUUUUUAUAUAUUGCAUGUUUAUAUUGUGUGGUGGCACUGGUGUUAAUGCAUGCUAGUCAUAUCAUCUUAAAUUAUUCCACUGGUUUUUUUUAUUUUGUAAAGUUUUUUUUUUUUUUUUAAAGAAGUGGUUUAGAAUAGUGUACUAUGAAUUUUUAUUAUUUCACACAAUGUUUAAAUAAACUUUAUGGUUGGGAUAGUGUGCUAGACAGAAACUAGCUGCUGCUAUCAUUUUUAUAUAUUGCAUGUUUAUAUUGUGUGGUGGCACUGGUGUUAAUGCAUGCUAGUCGUAUCAUCUUAAAUUAUUCCACUGGUUUUUUUUAUUUUGUAAAGUUUUUUUUUUUUUUUAAAGAAGUGGUUUAGAAUAGUGUACUAUGAAUUUUUAUUAUUUCACACAAUGUUUAAAUAAACUUUAUGGUUGGGGAAAUUCAGAUUUAUUUGAAGAGAUAUAAACCAUUGCAGUUUUUUCCUUCACCACACAGUUUGAGGAAUAAGUAUGGUUAGUUAUUUAAUUUGUGAAAUAAUAUUUAUAUGUUUUAUUUAAGAGAUAUAAUUGAUUUUGUUGCCUUUAAGAGGCUUGAAAAUGUUUGUUUCCCCCACCUUACUCUUUCUUUAAUUAUUAGCAUCUUGAUUUUUAAUCUUUAAGACAUUGCAGAUCAACUGCUAAAUCCAGGUUUUUGGAAUGCUUAUUUUCAUGUGCUCAGGUCAAAGUUCAAGGAAACAAUGACAAGCUUCUGCAAGCAGCUUGUGAGCUCUUUCUUGGAAAGUCAGAGAAGGACAUCAGGAAGGUGGCCCAAGAGACUCUUGAGGGCCAUCAAAGAGCCAUUAUGGGAAAUAUGACUGUUGAGGUAAUUUUAAUUAUACAUUGAUUGAGAAGUAAAAGAUGUGAACUCAUUACUAAACUUUUCUUAUGUAUACAUUUUUUCCCCACUUAGUUUGUGAUUUUUACUGACAUUGUCUAUAUAUCUACUAUCUAGGUGCUUUCUGAUAUCGAUAAAAAAAAGAUUUUCUUUACAAGGAUUUUUCUACUUCUAGGAAAUUUACAAAGACCGCAAGAAGUUCUCCAAGGCAGUGUUUGAGGUAGCCUCGUCGGACCUCGUAAAUAUGGGCAUCUAUGUUGUCAGCUACACCCUGAAGGACAUCAGAGAUGAAGAGGUAGGCUGGCAAUACUGUUUAAAAUAUUAAAUGCUCAAGGAGGUAAAGCAGUUUAAGAUUUGAAUAAUUUACAACAAAAAAAAAAGUUAAAAAUAUUCCCUCCCAUUAUCCAUGGGAAGGAGGUUGGUAAAUUAGACCAGUAAUUUUUACUGAUGGCAGACAGUUGGUUUGACAGAGAGAUCAUCUUUAUUUAAAACGAAUAAAGUGAAACCUCCAUACCAGGAUGUCGGCAUUACUUUCUAUAUUAUCAACUAUAAUUUAUUACAUACAACUUUUCUCAGAGAUUUUAACACUGAGCAAAUAUUCUUCCAAAAUGUCCAAGAAAAUGGCCACUAAGUAUUUCUGCAUUGCCAGCACUCAGAAUUUCUUUUUAAGAAUGUUUAAAUAUUGGUAUAGUUUUGGAUAUGUUUUGACUCUAAACUAAGAAUUGUUUUCUCAAUUUUGGUGCCACAAGCUGUUUCUUAUAAUUAAAUAUUUUGUGGUCUUCUGUGGAUGGGUUAUCAAAGUUAAUUCACAGUAAUGUCACACAAUGGGGUGGAAAGUUAUUUCCCCAAAGUUUCUGAGACCAACAUGCGGCUGGAGGUAAAAAUCUGACUUAUUUGAAUACUAUUUUUGUUGUGUGAUGGAAUCUAAAUGUGUUUGAGUGUGUGAUGGAAUCUAAAUGUGUUUGAGUGUGUGAUGGAAUCUAAAUGUGUUUGAGUUCAAUCUUGUGCACAGUUCUUGCCAGUGGUUAGUAAGGCAACAUGAGUUGCAUGUAUAUGUAUCAGUGCAGGAUUUGAAGUGAGGGGGAUUUUGUUGUAUAGGGCUGACCUACUUUUUUUAGGGUUACCUGAUGGCAUUAGGUAAAAAACGAACUGAAGAGGUCAAACGAGACGCGCGCAUCGGUGAGGCAGAGGCCACCAGAGAUUCAGGAAUUAAGGUGAUGUAACAAAGUCAUAACCCGCCUUGUUUUAACCAUUUAUCUUUUCUCUGCAGAUCUAAGCAAUGGUUCUCAACCUUUCCAUCUUGGGAUCAGCUUGAUGAAAUCUUUCAGUCACACAUUUGAUAUUCCUUAAAAAAUUGCAUGACAAAAUGUUAACUUGUUAUUAAAAGGGAAUUUCGGUUAAAGAAAGGUGGAGAUCCAUUGCUAAUGCCGAUAUUAACCAACUUGUACUUUGGGGCUGUAGUGAUGUCCAGUGAGAUCAACACAAGCGACUUUCCUCUCCAGCUUUGUAAUAUCAUUGUAUUAACCAGUUGUACAUAUUUUAACCACUGUUCUUUUUUCUGUUUCUUAUUUUCCAACCCCACCUCCUGGCCCGCCAUUUUCUUCCCAAAACUUUUAAACAAUGACCUGGACAAUCUGCGUCUUACCUCUACUUGUGUCUUACCUCUAUGUUUCCGUGUUCUUUUUCCUCUCCCUCUUUCUCUCUCUCUCCAUCCACUGUCUUUCCUGCCUGUCUUCCUUCCAACCCACCAAGAUGUAUCUGAAAUCUCUGGGCAUGGCCAGGACCGCCCAAGUAAAACGUGAUGCCAGGAUUGGCGAGGCGGAAGCCAUGCGAGACUCUGGCAUUAAGGUAGACCACCGUUUGAUCACUAACUGUUGCUUGAGUUACAAGUCUUGUGGCAGUUUGGUUUGAGUUUGGUCUGGUUUUAGUUUGUUAAUUUACAGCUUUGAAAAAAAUUAUCAAUUGGCAUGUUAGCAGAAGCCUAUCUAGGGUGGAGAAAAGAAAGGCACAUGCUUAAUAUGAAACUGUAAAAGGUGGGUGGGGGGCGUGGUUUAGAUUUUUUAUGGUAGCACAAUUUCAGAGCUUGCCCUAGGCACUAUGUACUCUAGAUGUGCCACUGCAUGUUUGUGUUCUUCUCAGCGUUGUGUUAACAGUGAACAUCGAAUAGUGGAUACAGGAGAGAAAAAAGUUUGACAACAUAAGUUUUUUUUUAAAUGACGGCGACUUCAAAUACAAAAACAAAAAUUAAUUGAUGUUUAGAAACUUAACCGAGAUAGCAUUAGGGCCGUCUUAACAGCAUAAGAAUCCCUGGGAAAAGUAAUGCACUGAGGCCCCCUCGACAUAGUUCUUUAGAUAUUUUUUUCCCUGGCUAUUUAAAAUUGGUAGUUUUAAAAAUAAAGUUGAUAACAUGGCAUAAUUAUGUAAUUAGGAUUACAAUUUUAAAACUCUAACUUUGUUCAGAUAAACUACUAAUGAGCAUGUGGUGCCUAUUGUAAAACUCUUUGAUUUUCUUAAUAACUUUCAAUAACACCCCACCCCCUUAAAUUUAUACAGAUAAAAAUGAAAUUACGGAAAAUUUAAAAUCAAGUUCACAAAACUUGGGAAACCUACUUCCCACUGCCCUUUGAUAGCAAAUUAAAUUGCCUGGGGAUUUUUCAAUAUUCACUAAUAAUAAGGGCAACUUGAUGCAUGAGGCCCCCCUAAAAGUGUGAGGCCGACUUGAAGCGUAAGGCCCCCUAGAAGCAUGAGGCCUUGGUGCAACUGCCCGGUGUGCCCAAGCCUUAACACAGCACUGUUUGUACUGGACUAGAAAAAUAAUCAAUUUUGUCUAUACUUGGAAGUUUUUUAAUUUGAUGAGUGUUGUCCCUUUGUAAUGUUGAUACUGGGUAAUAAGCGCUUUAUGUCAUAUUUUUUAUAUGAACUCCAUUCUUUCAAUUAUUUUUUUAAAGCCAAAGUAGGAAAAUAAAAACAAUCUAACAAUUUUUAGAUUCAUCAUGAGUUUGAAUAGAGAAAUUCAAUCACUAUUCUUGCAUGGAUUGACAUUUUUUAUAAACAGAUAUUUCUAGAUUGUAUUAGGGCUUGCAAGGAGGAUAGAUAUCUUAUAGUCAGAUUUAAAGAAACCACUGUCACAUUCUUGUAUAAUUUUUAUUUUCCGUUGAUUCACACUAUUGAAUCUCUGGGUUUUUUAAAUUUUAUGUUAUAGUUUUUCAGUUACAGCUUGAUGUGUUAUUAAGCUUUGCUUUGUAUUUGCUAACCAACCUAAUUUAUUGACCUCAUUAUAUUUGUUCCAAAGCUAUUAAUGUUCUAAUUUAUUUGUAUACAAACUUGCAGUAUUUCAAGUUUUGAUGUAUCCCUCAUGAGAAUCCAAUUCUUUAUCAUGCCUUAUAAAAAAUAGGGAAACAACAAUAACUUGUCGGGGGGGGGGGGGGGGGAAAAGAAUAACAAAAAUUUUUAAAAAAAAAAAAAAAAAAAAAUAAGGGGGGGGGGGGGGGGGGGGGGUAAAGAUUAGCAAAUAUCUUUUAAUUUGUUUUAAGUUUUUAAUGUUUCCUUACAAAUUAGGGAACUGAAUGAAGUUUCUUUGUAGACCUGUUUGUUUAUUUAAUUUUGUCUCUGCUCUGAGUAGACUUAUUUAAACUUCUUUUCUGUGGCGUUAUUAUAUAUAAGACAGGUCAUUAUAUGCAGAUUUGAAGAAAAAAAAAGGACGCUACAACAAUGGCUGUAGAAAAUGUAAUACAUUAUUUUUAUGCUCAAAGUCUGUUUUUCAGCCAAGGUUAAGAUUCAACUUUAAAAAAUUCACUCUUAGUGUGUUUCUACCAUUUGCCUAAACAGAUAUUUUUAUAAUUAAAGAGCUGAAAUGUCUAAGAGAUUAAAAAAUAAAAAGGUCUGUUACAACUGUAAAUAAAUAGUCAAUUACUUAAAGUGAAUCUAUUUAAUUCAAGAUAUUGAUGAAUAUAUUUAAUGCUUGGGCUUUAGCAACUGUUCAUAUCGCAUUAAAAUGAAAAUAAUUUGUAAAUGUUAGUAAAUAAUUUAAUUCAAUGAUACUGUUUAUAUGAUAUAUUAUAAAAUGAUUGAUAUUUUAUGUUUCUAAUUACAACAUUUUCUGUAUAGGACAGUUAAACAAAUAAUGAAAUGUGCAUUAACAGGAAGCCUCAGCUGAAGAAAAGCGCAUGCAGGCACGCUACGUGAACGACAUUGAGAUUGCCAAAUCACAGAGAGAUUAUGAGCUGAAGAAGGCUGCCUAUGACAUGGAGGUUCAGACCAAGAAAGCACAGGCAGAUCUGGCUUACCAACUGCAGGUAAGGGAACACCAGUUAACAUUAAAUUUCGAUGAAGACUUCAGGUAGGGUAAGACUUUUGGCUGUUCAUGAAUUUUGAUCAGAUGGAAAUUUAUAUAACAUUUGCAAUCGUAUAAUUUUAUUUUUGUUAAUCCUCUUUAUUGUUCCACCUCACUGAUAUUUCUGAUAGAUAAGGAAAAUCUAACAGCUAGAACCUGUGUUUAGUUGUUUUGUUUUUUUUAAAUAUAUAUAUAUAUAUAUAUAUAUAUCUCCUUAUCAGGCAUUAGGUGGUCACAUUCUUGUAAUCCAAGUGAACACUACUAAUUGAAAAAAAAUGUUAAGCUAUGCUUGUUUGAAUAAAUGUGGUUUGUAAAGAAAUGCAACAAAUGAUAAAUAGAAAUAACUGCUUUUGGAACUGGGAUAAAUACCUGUUUUUUUCCUAUAAUGAAUUUGAAGCAAAAGUAUUUAUUAUCUGUUUGUUUACAUUAAAAAAAAUAUAUCAGUAUUAGAAAAAGAUGUAUCCAGAGAGAAACAUUUUUGUUAAAAAAUGAAGAUUCAAGUCCCAGAAGAUGGACCAUUUAGUAGUUUUAACAUCUCAUCAGCACACAUUUUUUCACAUUGAUAUUCAUUCCCUCCCUCUACGAUAUGCUAAGGCUGCCAAGACCAAACAAAGGAUCAGGGAGGAGAACAUGCAGGUGACUGUGAUUGAGAGGGCCCAACAGAUUCAGGUCCAGGAGCAGGAGAUCACAAGGAGGGAGAGAGAAUUGGAUGCCCAGGUCAGGAAACCUGCUGAGGCAGAGAAGUUCAGAUUGGAGAAACUGGCUGAGGCCAACAGGUCAGAAGAUAAAAUGAUAAAAUUUUUGGUGAAUAGUUAAGGAAACAAUAUUAUUUUUUGAAGGAAAAAAAUUGUUGUUGUAGCAUUGAGGAGGAAUGGUCAUAUCCUAGAAAUUCAGACAUCUCAUAUUUGACUAAUAAUUAUAAAAUAUGGAAUUGCAAGUCUUGUGAUUCUAGGCUCCAUUAACCAGUUGUACAUAUUUUAACCACUGUUCUUUUAAAGUAAUAGAGUUAGUUUUUGUGUGCAUUCAAAUGUACAUCCGUUUUAAAUUAAUAAAGUCAGUAUUUUUUUUAUUGAGUUCAGAAAUAUUUUGCUGUAGAAGCAAUGCACUAAUGACAUAAGAAAGAGCAGGAAUCGUUUUACAAUGGCUGAUUCAAACAUUUCAAAAUAAACUACUGAAGAAACUUUCAAAAGUAAACUUUUCAAUACAUUGAUAAUUCUAAGUCACCAGAAAGUAGCCUAAUUUCUCUAUCUAGUUGCUUUGUUAAAGCCAUAGUUAACUCAGUUAUUUUAUUUUUCUCCCAUUUUGUAGAAUGAGAAUAGUGAUGGAGGCUGAGGCAGAAGCUGAGGCUAUUAAGGUGAGUACUGGUUGUUUUAAUGGUCAAAUUCAAGGUAAAGAUAUAGAUGGCUGUGCUUGUAAAUUGUAAAUCUUAUAGAUAUUAGCAUCUUUGAAACAUGCCUACAGAGUUUACGAGCUGGCAUCCAUUUUUAUUGUUGUUGAUGACUGGUAUGAAUCUAAAGACCAUAGCUGCAGAUGAGCAGGUUGCUUAUCGGGGCAACAUAUUUAUACUUUUGAUUGCCCUAUGCAUUUCCAAAGCAGCCAUCUCAUUAAUUUACUGUUUUAAAAAAUCACAGAUGAAAGGUGAGGCUGAAGCUUUUGCCAUUGAGGCCCGUGCCAAGGCUGAAGCUGAACAGAUGGCCAAGAAAGCAGAUGCCUGGAAGGAUUACCAGGAUGCCGCCAUGAUCGACAUGGUCUUGGAGACACUGCCAAAGGUAGGUUGACAUUUUAAUCCAUAUUCUUAAACAUUUACCUGAAAUAUUGGUUGGGAAAAUAAUAAAGAAAUUGGUAAUAUAAAUCUGACACUAUAUACAUUUGAUGGUUCACCGAAACUGAUUUAAAUACAUUGUUUUGUUUGAAGGCGGGUUCAAACUCUUAAAAUCGUACAAUAUCAUCACAAAAUCAUUCAAUACAUUAUCUUAAUAGUAAAAAACUAAACAUACAUUAUAUAUAAUGUAUACACCUCAAAAUCAUACAUCGUACGCCAAAAUGGUAAGAGUAAACAAGUCUGUAGAUGUCAUCAUUUUUUAAAAUUUUGCUUUAUGUGUUCAUUUAAGAGGAAAACAAUGAAUCUUGAUGUAUUUUAUACAUAUGUAUUUUUUUAAACAUUCAUUUAAAUUUUAGAAUGAUAACUUAGAAUGAAAAGUACACCUUUUUAGCGUUAUUGGUAUUUAUGAAUCCACAUGACAGGCACGCUCUUUAAGAUCUGCUUUAUCAGGCUCUUUAUGAUCUGGUUUGUUUGCUUUCAUUCAGUUGUUUUAAAAGGGUGAACAACUUUAUUGUUGUUUUAGAAUAACUGUCUCUCUUAGGUUUUUAUUUUUCCCAUAUUCAUUUUUACAAAUUAAAAUUUUGCUAUCAAUUAGCACAAUGUCUUUUUUAAUUAGUGUUCACUACGUAUAUGUGAUUAAACACUAUACAGAGGUUAUUGCAAAAAUAUAUCUAAUCAACAGAUUGCUGCAGAAGUUGCUGCCCCUCUCACCAAUGCCAAAAAAGUGACAAUGGUGUCCAGUGGAAAGGGAGACAUCGGUGCCCUCAAAUUGACCAGCGAGGUUAUGAGCAUUAUGGAGAAACUGCCCAGUGUUGUGGAGACCCUUACUGGCAUCAACAUUUCUAAGGUAAUCAUCGCAUUGGAUUUGUCUAAGUAAAUGUUCACAUUGAUUUAGGCUGCAAAAGCUAAUUCAAAAAAGAAGAAGAAAAUAUUUUAACCUGCAAUGUUAGUAGUUUGUCUUCAUUUCCAGAGGACUUCCUUUUCACAUUUACAAAAAUGUAUAGAAAACCGUUUUAAAACUAAAAUUCUUUGUGAUGAAGGGUGAAUCUAUAAAGAAGAAAAAAUCUGCUUCAGGGCUUUUGAUUGAAAGUACUAUUAAUUAUUUUUACAUCUCUAAUAGCACUUUUUUUCCUUCUACUUUUUUUUUUGUUUUGUUUUUUUGUGUGAUAAAUUCAUGCAUAGUCAUUUGACUCAGAUGUUUAGCUUUCAUUUUUUUUUUUUAAAUCAAAACAUACCUCCUCUCCAGAAAGCUGCUUGGCUAUUGUAUACCCAAAAUAAGAAUUAUAUCAAAGUCAUAAACUGAAUCCAAAAAGUCAAAGUCAUUCACUAUAUCUUAAAAUAAAAGACCAUUGAACAUGAUUCCAUAUAAAUAACAAUUGUUCACUGAUUUGUUAAAUGUUUUCAGUCCAUGAAGUCAACCUCCAGAAAGUAAAAGAGGGUGUCUUGCCCCUGAACUGAAUGCUUCUCAUUCAAGAAGGUCUGGCACUGCAGAAAUUUCAUCAAGAAUCAGGGAGCAGCUAAAAAAAACUUUUCUAUUCCCCCGAGUGUUAAAUGUGACUAAAUCUUAGAACAAAAUCUGUAUCACUUCACAAAAUCUGUCCACUUCUGACAGGUGUAGCAAAUAUUUUUAGUGGUAACAUAUUAAGUAUUGGUCAAAGCUGUACAAAAUAAGUGUAAUUCAUAAUAUUUAUUUAUAUGAAAAAUAAAAGAACUUCAUCUUUUUUUAUAUUAUGGAGUAAAAUUUUAUCAAAUAUAUAUUUCCUUGAUAAAUUAUAGCAUAAUAAUAAUGAGGUUGCAAAGAAACACAGAAUUUUUAAAGUAUUUUGGCUUUUCAAUCUAAUCAUAAAUUGAGGUACUUUUGUCAUUCAAAUUUUCUUCAUAAAGCGAGAUGAUGAGGAAUUAUUUUUUUUUUUUUUAAAUUAUGAAAAGAAUUCUGUUUUGUUAAACUUUCCAACAAGAGGCUAAUAAUAGGAAACUUUACAGAUAUAAAAAAAUAUCCUUCUACCACUACCACGAGUUCAACUCUGUUGUUUAUUUUUAAGCAGCUAUGUUGAUUUACUUUUUAACAAUGAAUUUUGUCCAUUGUUUUUUUGUUUUAUUGACAAUGUAACAGCUUGUUCAAGUUGGUUUGUAUAAAAGCUUAGUGUGAUUGCGUGGAUGAAAUAGUUUAUUAGUUUUUUACUGGUGAAAAGCUGUACAUAAAUUUCAUUCUUUUUUAUUUUUUAAUCUAUAUAUUUUUGUUUUUUAAAUUUGUAAAAUUUAUUUUUGCUUUAAUUAUUAUUUUUAUUGUGGUUCAAAUAAAAUGUGAUAAUUUUAUUAUUUUCAUUAUGUUUUUCUCUCACCUCUAAUUUUAAUUUUACUUUAUUUUUUUUUUUUUUUUUUUUUUUUUUUUUUUUUUUCAAAUAAAAUAUUUUAAUUUUUUUUUUUUUUUUUUUCCCCCCCCCCCCCCCCCGAAACCUCAAUCCAGUCUUAGUAAUGCUCAUUUGUGUUCAUUGUACUAGUGAAAUUAGUAUUUAUAUUUUUUAGCAUCCAAUGAGAUCAGAAUGAAGCCUCAAGGAAACUAUUAAUUAUGCAUGAUCAAAAAAAAAAAAGUAGUGCUUUGACGUUAUUAAAAAGAAAAAAAAUAAUUUAAUUUUGAUCUGAUUAAUUUGAACAAACAGCUACUUGGACAUUGUCAUAUGUUUAUCAUUUUAGAUAAAGAAUAUCAAAGAGCUGAACAAUAGCAAGAUAGCUCUGCGCUGGUUUUAUGUUUUUCAAACUUCAAGAUGGCAGCCCAGUUUGUUUCUUAUAGAAUUACACAAACCUGUAUUAUUAAUAAAAACCCUAUUUCUUUAAUUCAAGCAUUUUAGGUAAAUUUUCCAUGAAUAUUCUUGAAAUUACUAAUGCUGAAAAAUGAUGGCUCAAUAUUCCUUGUGAAAUUAAUUCUUGGACUUUUUAUGUUUAAAAAAACAUUUAUUUAUUUUUCAAAAUUUACAUUGGCAUUAUAGAAUUGCUUGGUUAGCAAGACAUUUGUUUUUUUUUUAAAUUACAAAGGGUAAAUAAAUUUUCACAUAUUGAAUCCUUAUGUAUUUUAUUCUAAGGGCAGUUGAUUUGUGAUCACCGGCCAUCAUUCAUUUUUGUCACAGAUUAUUUUGUUAUUUUAUUGAUAACAAGUUUGUUGUUUUAUUAAUGGUUAAAUGCUCAGAAUGUAUCCUCUGGCUGGAGCUUGUAUUUCCGCUACAGCUCAUUGUGUUCAAUGUACUGUGCUGCUCUCUUGUGUUUAUGCUUAAAAAAUUUGAGUUAACUUUUAAAUGAAUUAUUGGCCUUGGUAUCUUUGUAGUCUCCUUUCUGGUUAUCUUAAGUUUUGAACAAAUAGUAUACCAGUAGGUGGAAAUUUUACAAAUUUUCUUUAUACAACACUUUUAUAAGGUAGUUCUAAAAAUUACAAUCUUUGAGAAGGAAAAAAAAAAGUGGAAAAAAGGACAUGAACUGAAUUGAGAAUUUAAAAUCAUGUUGUACUGUGUGUCAUUGUGAGGGAAUAUUUUUGCCAUCAGUGGAGGAUGUGGUGGCUAUAAGGGGUUGAUGUGGAGGCCACAACAUAUUUUUUAAAUAUUUUGUAUUUAUCUUUUACUAAAACAUUAGGCAGGAAAUAUUUGUUUUGUUAUAUUAUAUCCCUAGUUUUAAUGGUAGCAUUAUUAAUUUUCCUUCACAAUGCACAGUGGAACUGAGUGAAGCAAUAUAAUACUCUACACCCCAUUUUUGUGUUCUUUUUAGUUUUUUCCCCCAGGCUAAAAGUGCCUUUAUUAUCAUCUAAAGGAAAAAAUACAUCAUUUGUGUGUGACUUGUUUAAAUCAAAGUAACAAAAUUCAAAUUUGUUUGAAGGAACUAAAAAGCUGCAACAAAAAAAAAAACAACACUUAACAAAUUUUUUUCUCAUUAUUUCUUUGCUGUUAUAAAAGCAUUUUUCUCCCUCUUAUCAAUUGUAAAAUUUUUAAAAUAUUUAUCACUCUCAUAAAAUUAUUGGCUAAAUUCUUUCCCAUCUUUUCAGCUCUGCAUACUUUACUGUAAAUUACUUUGAACUCAUUUAGUCGCAACUACCACCUGACUUUGUAACUUUGUUAUGUUAAAUGUAUGCUCAAUUAUUAUUCAUUGUCAACAUUGUAACUCUCUCUCUCACACCCUUUAUUUUCAAACUGUUUUUAUUCCCUUUUAUGCAGCAUGGUCAUAGAGUUUUAUCAAGAGUUUUUUUUUUAAAAUUGCCAUAUAUGAUGAACAAUUUUGACAGAAUAUUGAUCCAUGCAUGGCACAAACAAUUUAAAUCAGAUUUAAAUUCUACUUACUUUAGUGUUAGGGUUAGAGUACUGUAAUUGAAGUCUUAUACACAAUAGAUAAAUUAACAAAAUACAAAUUCUCAAAGCUACUUCAAGCAACCAAAGUAUAGGUUUACUCAAAUAUUAAUACUAUAUAAUAUACAUCCCAUGAGAUAUUGUUUAUUUAAGACAAGUUAUUAUGCAUUUUAUUUACCAUUUACUUCCAUGUACUCACUAGUCAUACACUUUUGUUUAGUUUAUCAGAUGCUUGUGUUUAGUUGGUCAUCAUAUACUUGUGUUUGUGUGAACCCUCUCUUUAAUGUCAUGUCAUCAUCAUCAGUUUUAAAUGUAUUUUCACAAUACAAUAUUUUUCAAAUUUUCCACAAGACUUUGUCGAGUUACUUGAAUGUUUA